AUGAAACCACAAUACAAAACGUGGAGUGCUAGAAAGAUUACAGCAGUGGAGGUCACUGGUCCAAUCAAAACCGAAAGCUUCCCAAAUGUGAAGUUCAAGGUUGUGAGAGGUUCGUCUAGUCAGGUCCAUGAAUUCACUCUCGCAGAUCUGCCUUGCCUCAAUCCUUAUGAAUGGAUCAUGCUUUACAACUUAUUACUGAGAGAUGGACAGAAGUAUGAGCCAUUUAUUGCUCACCUCAAGCAGAUGUUAAUCUCGUAUAUUCAAGAGGUUGGCAAAAUGGAUGUGGAAAUUGAUGUUGUGCUACGAAGGAAGCCCACUGUUCUCCUUAAAGAAGUCCUAGAAGAUUUUGAGAAAUUGAAGCUUGGAAAGAUACAAAAGGAAGGACAAUAUGUGGAAUUUCAGAUGAGAGAACGAAACGAUGCAUACUUUCAUAAGGCUUGCUUCUUUCUCGCUGAUAAGCAUCUGUUAACUACCUCUUUCCUGGAGUAUGUUUUGUAUAUGGUCAACAAUUACAGGGGUAACAACAAAGGCGACAAAAAGUGCUUCUCGGAUAUGAUUCUAUGGUAUAUUCAAGUUCACAAGGUUCUGCUGGGUGUAAUUCCGAAAGUCUUUGAAGUGCAGAAGCGAACUCGACCUUGA